UGUCAACCCGACCCAUUGCUUCUAUCUGUCCUGGGAUAUAGGAAUGGAGGCAAGGGAUGUGAUUCCAUAGGCGUGGACAAUUGGACAAAAACAUAAAUGGAUCUCUGAUUCUAAUGCAAUACCACUGGGACUUGGUUUCUUUCAGCUUUUGUUCUAUCCCGACAUACUUCAGACUGGCUUGUUACGUAGGGUCUCUAUCUAGCCUCAGUCUACCACAGGGAUAUUUCUCAACAUGUGCGAUGCCGAUGGUUGUCUUUGGUUGGAUGAACUCUUGUAGUCUAGUACUUGACAAUGGCAUAGCUAGAACUAUGUCCUUCCAAACCUCGUGACUACGGAACAUCAUAAGGGGCAUUGUCACAUUAAGUUUAUAGAAAU